AUGAAACCGCAAAUUUUAUCAAGACAUGUCUCCUUUGAUACGCUGGCAUCGGUUCCAUGGGUUGGUGUCUCCAGGUUGGUUACAAUCAUGGAGAAUGUCAUUAAAAGGGGACCAAACACGAAAAAUACAUGGAUAUCGUUGAUAAGUCGAGCAAAUAUUAUCAUGAAGAGCUUCAGUACUAGACAUCUCUCUAGGAUGAUUAUGAUUUUAAGCAAGUGUCAGUUUUGCGACCAAAGCUUCAUCGAACGACUAAAAUCUGAAAGUAUGAAAAGGGUUGACGAUUCAGAUAUCCUCUCUUGCAGCGGGUUCCUCUUUGGACUUGACAAAAUGGGAGUUUGCGACGCUGUACUCUUGAAUCACUUUAGAAACAGGGUAAUAGAUCAAAUUCCAGCAUCAACGGUAGCUUAUCCGCUCGUUUUGCUGCUAAAUAUAUUUGCAAAACACAAGGAUAGGGAAAUGACGAAUAUUCUUCUAUCGGAAAUACUAAAGAAAAAGGAUACCCUUACACCUCAGGGCUUUGCAAUGCCCUUGAUAGAUGUGCUUUCAAACUUCUCCAAAGAUGAUGAAAUUGCCGUUGCUCUGACUCCUCUGUUUCUAGAAUCUCUAAACAACUCAGAGAAUAUGGAUCUUAGGUCAUUGGUGCAGGUUUACAACGCACUGGGAAAGUCAGAGUUUCCAUCUAAAUCGCAUUACUUGGACUUUUUGGCGAAUCACAUUGUAAAACACAUUGAAUGGGUACUUUUUGCGGCACUAAUUCCGAAAUUUGUAGGCAAGUAUACACCAAAUAUCCCUAAUUUUAAGCUCCUCCGCAAAAGUAUCGCAUAUAAAUCAAGAGCUGCUGGAUAA